UGUUCCUGUUUUCGUCGUCUCAUAUUGUGAUUGCCCCCCUCCUCUGGACAAUUUCUUUAUCACCUCCAUAUGUCUGUUAUAAAUAAUAUCGGUACCUUAACCCAAACCAUGGAUGACUCGGUCCUCGAGCUGCCCCUUCGCUCGCAGAAUAACCUCGUAGAUCGCUCAAUUGAAGAGGCGACAACAUACUCUCCGCCUCCGCCGUACAACAUGCAGCUUUCGGCAUUUCCCAGUCAGCCAAAAGAGGUCACAGAAGCGCUUUUAGAAGGACAAGUAAAUUGUUCUGGAGAGAGAAAUACAUGUGAGGGGCAAACACGAGGAAAUAAUCUGGGUACAGAUAAUCUCGAGGCUAAAAGCCAGAGCGCAAUUCUAUAUCUCGACAAGUACGAGAAAGUGAGGCAUUCAGGUCGCCAUCGCUGGAGUCUCGAUACGACCGAUACCGAUCUGACUCUCGUCGACAUCCCCUCCUCUCCUCAAUGCUCUACUAUCAAAGGCAUGCGCCCACUUUUGCUUCCCUCUCGCCUUCAACAAUCAUCAUCCUCCAUAUCAAAUAAAUCGAAAAUGACGAAUACAUACGCUCUACCAAGAGACCGACCUCCCAUGAGAUCUACGUACAGCUACAUGGGAGAUAAAGAGGAUAUUACUGGCGAUAGGAUGGUGCGCUGCGGGAGAGGGAUGAUAGCGCGACGGGGAUUAGGGGCCGACUUCAAGUUGACGCGAAAUGAGAAAGAAGAACGGAUAUAUGGUGCUGUAUUAUGUCUUCCAUCAGACAUGGGCCUUGGUUUGUCAAGCGAAAGCGAUACUGAAAGCGAAGCAUCCUUCUCCCCGCCCAUUCCUAUCCCUUCGGACGUCUCAUUUGCUCUCUCCUCCCUCGCCGACUUCUUGUCGCCCACCGAUCCACACUCAUUAAUGAGCCCAAAAGAUAAGGAAGGUCCAUCUUCAAAAGGCUGUUUGCAAGCACCAGGAUCACCGUCAAAAGGGUCUGGGAGGAGAAUGGCAUGGGCGAAAAACGUGGAAGCAAGAUUAGAAGCAGACCGGGAAGGAAUGGUGCCAGUUGCGAGGUUCGUCCCAAGCGCCAUUUCAAGCACCAGUACGGGGUGGUUUUCGUUAUUCCUUUCCUUCUUUUUCAAGCAGCCUCAGCACCGACCAAAACCUCCUAAACCCACACCAGCUCCUAAUAUCCCGCUUCACAUCCUUCUGCUUUUGCUUGAAAUCAUCUCGACGAUAGCUAGGGGAAUCAAGUACGCUGUGCUGACGGGGGUGAAGGUAUGGGUUGUAAUGGAAGUUGUUUGGCGUGGAAUAGAAUCAGAAGUAUAGUUAAGAGAAAAUUGUUUUGAUACGUGUUGUAUAUUACGGGGUAUAUACAUAAAAAAACUGUCACCACUUUUAAGAGUCUCGGGUUCCUCGAUAAUCAGUAAAGUUUGUUGUAACAGUUGAAGAGAUGAUGAGUAUCAGGUCAUUAUACUGGGGUUGGUAGGGAAUCAUGAUGGAUUAAUUUCCGG